AGGCUACGAGGCGGCCUACUUGCUGAGCCCGAGGAAAACCGAGAUCAAAAUUUUAGGCUUGGGUCAUUCGAUCGGUACCCCACCUGAGGGUCUGACUGCAGAUGUUGUAGUCGUGGACUCUUUUGAAGAACUUGAGCGGUUGAACAGCACCAACACAGAUGCAAUCAAAGGGAAGAUAUUGGUGUUCAACGAGGCUUACGUAUGGUAUGGUGUGACGGUGGAGUACCGGGGGAGAGCCGCAGUGGAGGCCGGAAAAUACGGAGCAGUGGCAACAUUGGUGCGCUCAGUGGCUCCCUUCUCCAUCAAUUCUCCCCAUACAGGCUCCAUGAACUACGCCGAAAACGUCACCAAGGUCCCCGUUGCUUGCAUCUCCAUCGAAGCAGCAGAGAUGCUCCGCAGAAUGGUCGAUAGAG